UCUAAAGCCAACAAGCAACACAUCAAAUUCAACUCCAUCAUGGGGCACAACAAAUUCAACUUCAUCUUGUUGUUGCACUUCUUCACCUCUUUGGUCCACUGCUUAGCUGAAUCACUAGACACCAUUCUUCAUGACCAUGCUCUGAGAGUCAUGAGUCAGCAGCGACAGCGCUCGGACAAGCUGUACGACGCUAGGCUCCCCAAUUAUCUAGCCGGGAUGAAGGUUUCCGUGGUAGAGCUGAGGAGCAGAACUCUAUGGAGAAAAGGAGCCAAUUUCAGCAGCUUCCUCAUCCCACCCAACACUCUUCCCAAGCCUUAUGUGAAGAGAGUCCUCAUAGUUUACCACAAUCUUGGCAACUGCUCUUCUUCAUACUACAGCUUAUCCGGUUACACACUCUUGACCCCGGUUGUUGGCUUUCUGGUUUACGAUGCAUCCAGCAAAAACUUGUCGAACGUGGAGCUCAACACCAAUGGGAACACGAUAUCUGUUUCGUUCAACAGUAACUCAUCAGGCAACGAGGGUGCGAAAUGUGCUGCAUUUGGGCCUCUCGGGGACGUCUUCCUAAGCGAUCCAAGCUCCCCCAAUAGCUGUCACAGCAAUAGUCAAGGCCAUUUCUCUAUAGUAACUCCAACCAAUAAAAGACACAAGACGUCGGUGGUUUGGAUACUCGGGUUUGUGGCAGGAUUCAUGGGGCUGAUCUUAGGAACAGUGGGGGUGAGAUGUUUAGUUUGUAUGAGAAGUGAAGGAGUGGAAAGAGAAGCAGAUGAAGGAGAGUUUUUGAAGACUUACUGGAUUGGUAGCAGCAGCAAAAUGCCAAGAGCUCAAGUGACAAGAACUCAGCCUGUUCUUGAGAGUCAAAUUCACCCUAAUCCAAAACUAUCUUUAUAUGCUUAGACUAUUUCUUAUUGUACGACUUCUCAUUAGAAUAGCCUUCAAGGAUCUCUCUCUUCUUGUAAUCUAUGAAUAUAUCACCACUUUUGGGAUUUGCAGAUUACAUAUAUUCUAUACAUGUACAUAAUGGUUAAA